GUGCGGCCUUCCUCCACCCUGCUGCGCCGCACGCCCACGCCUCGUUCCCCCUGACAGCUCCGCAUCCCAGGCGCGCAUCGCCAUCUCAAGCCGCCGACGCCCUAGCGGCUGCUCGUCCCUACCGGAUUUUCCCCUUCCCGCUAUCUGAAAUUGCAGAAACACCGAUUUUCUACCGAACGCGCAGACCUCACCUGCAGGCUCCCUGCUCCGGCCGCCCGAAUCUUACCCAACCCUCCACCCACCCACAUGCGCCAGCUCUAGAGAAGGAGGCGGCGGGUGAGCGCACGAUCGAUCGAGUCCGCUAGUACGGGAGCAGGCAUGGCGGGGGACGGGGAGGAGCCGCCAGCGAUGGGCGGCGACAAGCUGAUACUGCGGGGGCUGCAGUUCCACGGGUUCCACGGCGUGAAGCAGGAGGAGAAGAAGCUCGGCCAGAAGUUCGUCAUUGACGUCGACGCCUGGAUGGACCUCGCCACCGCCGGGGACUCCGACGACAUCUCCCACACCGUCAGCUACAGCGACAUCUACAGGAUAGCCAAGGGUGUGGUAGAAGGUCCGUCGCAUAACCUUUUGGAGUCAGUGGCUCAAUCGAUUGCCAACACCACGCUGCUCAAGUUCCCUCCGAUCUCUGCUGUUCGAGUGAAGGUGGGGAAACCUCAUGUCGCGGUGCAAGGCGUCGUGGACUACUUGGGAGUGGAGAUACUGAGGCACAGAAAGGCAUGAGCACAACUUCAUAUGAGAAAGCCGGACCAAUGCUCCCUCAGAAUCGCAAUUGACCUGAUUUCUGUGUCUUAUUUGUAAAAUGUGGUGUUGAUUGUGUUCUUACUCUCGGCUGUUGCUGAAAUUGCCGCAGUCACGGACAAAAAGUUUGAUAGUGCUACUAGGUUUUGCGCAGACUGAAACAAAAAUAAUCUUGCAGAGAGAAAAGUUGCUUUCAUUUA